AUGGUUAUCGCAGUGGCGCGUCGGCAUACUAGUAGCACUAGUAUCACUCGUCCGUUUGACAUAGUAGUGCGACGUUUUAUUACUCCGAGUCGCAUGGACGAGCAGACACAACCCAAGGCGGCACUUCAGCCUGACGCGGAGGUUCCGGACGACGACGCUGCUACUAUAAACCACAAUAAUAAGAGGCUAGGAGCCAAGGUCGUUCACGCGUAUGACUGGAGUCUUGAGGCACUUAAAGCCGGCCCCGGAGGCGGGAGCCGCGGUCGAAGGAAGCUCGAUUCCGCGUCGUCGUCGUCUCCCGGCGCCAGCGGCGGCGUCGGCGUUGCUGUUGGCGCGCCCAGUGAUACCAGCGGCCCUCAACCCGGCGGUGGCGGGGGGAGUGGCGGACGGGGGGUUGUGACGUGCCGCGUGGACGGGUGCGGAGAGGACCUGUCGAGCGCUCGGUCGUACAACCGGCGGCACCGGGUGUGCGGCGUGCACACACGCGCUGCUGCUGUCACAGUGGACGGCAACCAGCAACGGUUCUGCCAACAAUGCAGCAGAUUUCAGGACAUGGAUGAUUUCGAGCCGGGCAGGCGCAGCUGCAGGCAGAGUCUCCAGUACCACAACAAGCGGCGGCGCAAGGCGGACCUCAAGACCCUCCGCAGCCCACAGCUGGGGAGCGGGUCAGCAGAGGAGGGCCACGCGAAGAGGGGCCCUGAAGGAAGAAGAACGGCCAGCUUGGGCGGCGGUGGAGGGUGGAGAGGAGAGGAGCCGCGGCACGGAGCCACAGGAUCAUCCAGUGAUAACUCUGGAGACCUACGUGUGGCAUGCUACAGCCGUGCUGGUCAACCUGGUCAGCCUGGUCAAGCCGGUCAAGCCACACAGGCAGAGGAAGACCAGCAGUGCAGGAGAGACUCGAUGCAGGUUGCUCUAGCCAGUGCUGACCUGGUGCUGAGUCAGGUUCAGAACCGACCAGCAGAAGCAGCAGCAGCAGCAGCAGCAGCAGCAGCAGCAGGAGCAGCGGCGGCAACGGCAUCACCAUCAGCAUCAGCAGCGGCCAUUCUGGGGCAGCGGGAGCAUCUGUCAUCGCAGCCCCAGAACCAGGGUUCGCCCCUGCAGUUCCCUCUUCAGCCACUCCAGCAGCAGCGCAGCAUGAGCAGUGGCAGCACGGGGUAUGGCAGCAGCCCGUCCUUUGAUCAAGCCGAGCGACAGAGGACGGGGCGGGGAUCUCGCUUAGAUCCUCACCAGCCCCUUCAACCGCUUCAGGGGCAAUUAACGCUUUCGUUCCAGCAGCAGCAUCAGAACCUUCCUCAGCUGAGUCCGCCUCCUCGUGUGCAGCAACCCAAGGCUCAUGAGUCUCACGCUGUUGGAUGUGACAUGAGUGCAUUUAGUGCUGCUGCUGAUGCUGGUGCUGCCGGUGCUGAUGCGGAUGGUGGUGCUGGUGGGUAUGGAGGGGUUGGAACAGCAGGAGGAGCAGCAGCAGGUGGGAUGAACGGAGAAGGACAAGGCGCGGAAGGAAGAGGCUGCGGGGAGAGAGGCGCAGAGGGAUGCGAGGAAGCGUUGACAGGAGGAGAGCUGAGGGAGCUUGAGCACUUGGACUUUGCUCCGUGGCCUGGCGGGUAUGGCGGCUUUGGUGGGGCUGAUCUUGGUGACAGCUAG